AUGGCAGUCGUGGGCUCUGGCCCCGCCGGCUUCUAUACGGCCUACCGCGUCAUGUCCCGGAUUCAGGACUCCAAAGUGGACAUGUUCGAGGCCCUUCCGGUGCCCUUUGGCCUGGUCCGCUUCGGUGUCGCUCCAGACCACCCCGAGGUGAAGAACUGCCAGGAUAAAUUUGAAGAAGUUGCCGCCUCACCCAACUUCAGGUUUAUAGGCAAUGUGGCAGUUGGGAAUCCAGAUGGUCAUUUUAGUGGAUGCACCGUGCCUCUGGAAAAGCUCAUGCGGCAUUACGAUGCUCUGGUCUUCGCCUACGGUGCAAGCAAGGACAAGAAACUCGGUAUACCGGGAGAGGAUCUCAAGGGCGUCUACUCGGCGAGGGAGUUUGUUGGCUGGUACAAUGGCCUCCCCGAGUUUGCCCACCUAAACCCCGACCUGACGAGUGGCGAUGAGGCCGUCAUCAUUGGCCAGGGCAACGUGGCCCUCGACGUGGCCAGGAUGCUGCUGGAGAAUGUCGACGUGCUGAGGAAAUCCGACAUCACCGAGGCCGCCAUCGAGACGCUGUCCAAGAGCCGGGUCAAGCGCGUGCACAUCGUUGGCCGCCGUGGGCCCAUGCAGGCCGCGUACACGAUCAAGGAGGUACGGGAGCUCAUGAAGCUGCACGACGUCGGUUUCCAUCAGAUGGAUAUGAACUUGGUGCCAGACGAGGUCUCGAAGCUGCCGCGCGCCCAGAAGCGUCUCAUGGAUUUGAUCAUCAAGGGCUCGACGGCAAAGGUAGAGGGUGCCUCCAAGACCUGGUCGCUGGACUUUUGCCUCUCCCCGACCAAAUUCUCUGGAAAUGCUGGUGGCCAUUUGGAGAGCACCACUUUUGAGCGUACGUCUCUGGCAUCUCCCUUCGACCCGGCUUCCAAGGUCAGCGGCACUGGCGAGACACUAGACAUAUCUUCCGCCGUGGCUUUUCGUUCUAUUGGCUACAAAUCGGUUGCUCUCCCAGGUUUCGAUCAAGCUGGCAUUCUCUUUGACGAUAGAAAGGGCAUCAUCCAGAACGACGGUUUAGGAAGAGUCUUCACAAACAGUACCGUGGACAAGGGUACACCGACACAUUUGGGCGGCGUAUACUGCGCUGGCUGGGUAAAGAGAGGCCCGACCGGCGUCAUUGCGUCUACAAUGCAGGAUGCGUUCUCUACAGGUGAUGCAAUCGCUGCCGAUUGGUCAGCAGAAGCCCCCUUCCUGAACGCUGGCGAGAGCCAUGGCUGGGAUGCGCUCAAGGACGAGGUGGAUAGCAGCCGAUCCAAUGUCGUGACAUGGCAAGACUGGCAUAAAAUUGACGGCGCAGAAAAAGAAAGAGGCAGCCAAAUCGGAAAGGAGAGGGAAAAGUUCACUAGCACCUCGGAGAUGCUGGCUGUUGCUGCCUAG